CAUCAAUCUAAACUGAUGGCAAAUCAUUUUAUGCAGUAUAAUUUAUUUAUUGGAAACGAAAUAUUGAGAAAUAUUCAAGAUUUAUAUUUUCUUAAAUAUCAAGACAUGAUGAUAAUUAAGAUUGAAGAUGUAGGAAAGAUUCCUAUUUCAGCCUUUGAAUUAGAACCUAAAAUAAAUUCACUAUGUAAUAAGGCUACGAAUUUGCUUGUUAAACAUUGGUUGGCCGAUGUUGCUGAACUUUUUUUAGAGAAAAAGUACGCUUGGUCAUGCUUUAUUCAAAAACAUUAUAAUGCAUCUACAGUAUUGAUCGAGAAAUACUUUAGAAGUGUAAAUACUCUCUUAUCUAAACAAUUACGAAUAAUGAUCAUGAAAACGCUGAAUCAUAUUAGAGAUUUUUUUAUGGAAUACAGCGAAGGGAAUUAUUUUGAGAGUGAUUAUAAGGAUUUACUGUUUUUCAAAACUCCUUUUAUAAGUGUAACUGUGGAACCAGAAAUUGGUACAGUAAAUUUACAUUGCAAACCGAGUAUAUUGGAAGUACGUUCAAUAAUCUCGCAGUGUUUUGAUAAAAUUAUUAAAGUUGGAAAAGUAAUUCCAACAAUUGAGACUAUUUUAUUUGCUGAACUGGAGAAACAGGAGUUUUUGCUUUCUGUGUCACGAUACGAAGAAUCGGUUCUAAAGAUAAUCAACGAUGUGCUAGAUGUUGUCAGUGUUCAUGUUACGGGUCCAGAAAUUUACUUAAAAUGUUACCAGGAUUUGUUGUACAUUAUAGAUGGCCAAGCUAAACGAAAUUUGGACAAUUUUUUUAUGAUCGAACCAAUGCCAUUUCUACGUGAAUUUGAACUGAAGAUAAGAGGUUACGACGAUCUUAGGAAAGAGAUUUUUAUGUUUCGCAGCAAGAUUCCCCUUAACAUGAUAGAAAUCGACUGUACAAUUGUAAAUGAUACCAUAAGGCAAAUUCUUUACGACCUUCGCACUGAACUUUGUGAUUUCUUUGCGAACGAGUUACGAUCCAAUAAUCGGGAUUUGUGUUCGAAUUUUGAUAAAAUAGCAGAAACUAUAUCAAAAAUGCCGGAAAAAACGCAGAAUGUUGUUGAGUUAUACAAUUACCUGUGCGAAAGUCGGGACUCGACGAUGUUUAACCUGAAAAGAAGAUUGGCACGUUCUAUAGAAUUGAUUUUAUUUCUGUUUGAUUAUCAACCACACACCGACGAUGACAUUCAGUUGAAUUCUCGCACCAUAACAUGGCCAAAGGAAAUGGAGAGCGUUAUGGAUUUGGCGAACACCAGAUUGAACAUGAGAAAAGAAUAUCUCGAAGAAGUGUUACGUUUAAGAAGGGACAAUUUUGAACAGAAAAUACAAAACAUGCAGUUGGCAAUUGCUCAAUUUACGAAAAAGGAUCCGCCUGUGUUAACUAUGGACGAAAUGGAGAAUGCGACUGAAGAAAUAGAACAUCUUGCUAAAGGGAUGGAGGAUAUCAGGAAAGAAGUUGAGGAGAUAAACGAAGAAGAGACUCUAUUAGAUAUGGAAUUAAGCCCAUAUUUAGCAGUGCCUACGAUGUCUGCGACAGUCGGUACACUUGACACUCUUUGGCAUACCGUAUUAGAUUUUCAUAAAAAUUACGACAGGUGGUACAACGGGCCAUUUUUGGGUCUCGACGCCGAGGAAAUUAAAGACGAGACCGACAAUAUAUGGCGAACGUUAUACAAAUUAUCACGUGUAAUUACUGACAUUCCUGGCGCACGAAGAAUUGCCGAGAUAGUUCGUGGAAAGGUAGAGAAAUUCAAACAAUUUAUUCCAUUGUUGCAAAUGAUAUGUACUCCUGGAUUAGAAAACCGACAUUGGGAGCAAAUUAGCCAAGCGGUAAAUGUACACGUAAUGCCAACAGAUACGAGUAAUCUUUCAGACAUGGUAGAACUGGGAUUAUUAGUUCAUAUAAGCAAACUCGAAGAAAUAUCGUCCGCUGCCAUUAAAGAACACGCACUCCAGCAAAAUUUGACAAAGAUGAAGGAGGAAUGGUCGGAUAUCGAAUUUAAAUAUACGCCGUACCGCGAAACUGGUGUUUAUAUUUUAACUGCCGUAGAUGAUAUUCAAUUAUUGCUGGAUGAUCACAUCUUGAAAGCUCAGACCAUGAGGAGUUCCCCUUUUAUAAAGGCCUUCGAACACGAAAUGCAAGCUUGGGAGAAUAAAUUAAUGUUAAUGCAGGAUAUUAUCGAUCAGUGGUUACUCUGUCAAGCAACGUGGAUGUACUUGGAACCGAUAUUCAGCAGUGAAGAUAUCAUGCGUCAAAUGCCAACAGAAGCGAAGAAUUUUCGAAGGAUGGAUAAAAUUUGGCGUAACGUCAUGUCGUACGCAGUUAAACAUAGCCGCGUACUCGAUGCCACGGCCAUGUUGAAUAUGUUGCAAGAGCUAACACUGUGUAACACGUUGUUGGAAGAAAUACAGAAAGGUUUGAACGAUUAUCUGGAGAAGAAACGUUUGUUUUUUCCAAGAUUUUUCUUCUUGUCAAAUGACGAACUAUUGGAGAUACUGUCCGAAACGAAAGAUCCCCAGAGGGUGCAGCCUCACUUGAAGAAAUGUUUCGAAGGUAUUAAUAAGUUACGAUUCACCAGAGACGAAGAAAUUAUUGGAAUGCUAUCGGACGAAGAAGAAUACGUUCCUCUCAGUGGGAAAAUUUAUCCGGCCGAUGCGAAAGGUAUGGUCGAAAGAUGGUUGUCCCAAGUGGAACAACUUAUGGUAGUGUCUCUCCGGGACAUUGCCGAGGAAAGCAUCGUGGCGUAUUUUAAUAAUCCUCGAGAAUCGUGGAUAUUUUCUUGGCCUGGUCAAAUUGUUAUCUGUUGCAGUCAAGUACAUUGGACCAGUGAAGUUUGUGAAUCGUUCGAAGAUAAGUCUACCGGGGAUUAUUUGCAGAAAUGCAACAAUCAAAUCGAACAAACUGUUACUCUGGUAAGGGGUAAACUAGAUCCGGGUGAAAGAAUCACUAUAAAUGCUUUGAUCGUGAUAGAUGUUCAUGCACGAGAUGUAGUACGUAUGCUUGUCGACAAACAAGUUGAUAACGUUAUGGAUUUUAAUUGGAUAUCACAACUGAAGUAUUAUUGGUUGGACGAUAAAAUCAUUGUGACAAUUAUUACGACUAGCGUGGCGUAUGCUUUCGAGUACCUUGGAAAUACAUUAAGACUCGUAAUAACGCCAUUGACCGAUCGAUGUUACAGAACUCUGAUGAGCGCGUUAAAAUUAAAUCUCGGAGGAUCACCGGAGGGACCUGCCGGAACUGGUAAAACAGAAACAGCCAAAGAUCUUGCGAAGGCCGUUGCUAAGCAGUGUGUGGUUUUUAACUGUUCCGAUGGGCUUGAUUAUAAAGCGAUGGGCAAAUUUUUCAAGGGACUUGCGCAAUCCGGAGCAUGGGCCUGUUUCGAUGAAUUUAACAGGAUAGAAUUGGAAGUACUUUCGGUAAUUGCCCAGCAAAUCUUGUCCAUUCAAAUGGCCAUAAGCUUGCAAAUGGAAAAAUUCAUGUUCGAAGGCACGGAAAUAAAGUUAAAUCCUACUUGUUACGUUAUCAUAACAAUGAAUCCUGGUUACGCUGGACGCCAGGAGCUUCCUGAUAAUUUAAAAGUUCGUUUCCGUACGGUGGCAAUGAUGGUGCCAGAUUAUGCCAUGAUAGGUGAAAUUACAUUGUACUCGUUCGGUUUUAUAGACGCUAAGAAUCUUGCGGAGAAAAUAGUUCAUACGUACAAAUUGUGCUCCGAGCAGUUGAGCUCUCAGAACCAUUACGAUUAUGGUAUGCGAGCCGUGAAGACUGUGCUCACAGCUGCUGGAAACUUAAAAUUGAAAUAUCCGAUGCAAAACGAGUUUAUUUUAGUUCUUCGAGCAAUUAUCGACGUGAAUCUUCCGAAAUUCUUGGCCCAAGAUAUUCCAUUGUUUAAUGGAAUUUACACCGACCUUUUCCCUGGUAUCAGUUUACCACAACCGGAUCGCGGCGAUCUGAUAGAUUUACUGAAGAUUAUUUUAGAAAAACGGAACCUCCAAGCUACACAUUGGUAUUUGGAGAAGAUCAUUCAAAUUUACGAGAUGAUACUGGUGCGGCAUGGCUUAAUGGUUGUAGGCAAUACGUUAAGUGGGAAAACCCAAGCGUAUCAAAGUUUAGCCGAAGCUUUGGGCGACUUGGCUGGUAAAAGACGUGCUGCUAUGAGAGAAUUUCAAACAGUUUACAAGAUAAUUAACCCAAAAGCUAUUACUUUGGAUCAACUGUAUGGCAGUUUCGAUCCGGUAUCGCACGAAUGGAGCGACGGUGUUUUGGCCAAUAUUUUUCGGGAGUUUGCACAGUCUUUCUCUAUAGAUCGAAAAUGGAUCGUUUUUGAUGGGCCAGUUGAUGCAGUUUGGAUCGAAAGUAUGAACACUGUACUUGACGAUAAUAAGAAACUUUGUUUGAUGUCAGGAGAAAUUAUUCAAAUGUCGAACAAAAUGAAUAUGAUGUUUGAGCCAGCUGAUUUAGAACAUGCUUCACCGGCUACUGUCAGCAGAUGCGGAAUGAUUUACAUGGAACCAUCUCAGCUCGGUUGGAAUGCAUUAUUCGACUCCUACAAGAAAUAUCUUAAAAAUAAACUGCUCGUCGAGCAAUAUGAGCUGAUUGUAGAACUCAUCGAAUGGCUAAUAGAGCCGAUUUUCUUUUUCAUAAAACAUUAUUGCAAAACAUUCAUAGAAGUUCCAGAACUUCAUAUGUUUUUGUCUUUUACAAGACUUUUCACAACAAUGCUGGAUGAAGAAACACAAGUUAGCACAGUUUGGCUUCAGUGUACUUUGUUAUUUAGCAUUAUUUGGGGAAUGUGUUCAACAUUAGUAAGCGACAGUAGAAAAACUAUUGAUGUUUAUUUAAGAAAAUUAUUGCUCGGGGAUGUGGAUGAAAAUCCCAAACCGAAAGGAUUUAAGUUGACGAAGCAACAACUUUUUCCUGAUAAAGGGACAGUGUACGAUUGGAUAUACGAUAAAAGAAAUAAUGGAUGUUGGAUACCGUGGAUGGACACAACGUUACAGAUGUCCUUAUUACCGGAUAUGAAGUCCAAUGAAUUAAUUGUACCGACAACUGAAGUAGUGAUUCAGUAUUUUUUUAUGACAAAUCUUCUUCACAAAGCGAUACCUAUUUUAUUUGUUGGUCCAACUGGUACCGGCAAGUCUGAGAUUGUUUUGAAUUACGUGCAAUUUCUACCGAGGGACCAGUACACGGAGAAUGUUGUAAACUUCAGUGCACGUACCACUGCUGCUCAAACUCAAGAAAUCAUAAUGUCGAAGGUAGAUCGCAGGAGAAAAGGUGUAUACGGUCCACCAAUGGGAAAGAAAUGUUUAUUAUUUGUGGACGAUCUGAGUAUGCCGCAGAAAGAAAUAUACGGGGCACAACCUCCGAUAGAACUGAUUCGUCAAUGGGUAGACCAUGGACACUGGUUCGAUUUGAAAGACACAACGGUAUUAAAUCUAGUGGAUAUUUUUCUAAUUUGUGCUAUGCUACCACCCGGAGGUGGUUCAAAUGUAGUCACGACUAGAUUAACUAGGCACAUGCACGUAAUUGGCAUCGACUUUUUUGAAGAAGCGACAAUGACGAAAAUUUUCACUUCGAUCCUCGACACGCACUUCGCUAAAGGAUUCGCUACAGAAGUGUCAAGACUGGGAAAGAUGAUCGUAAAUGCUACCAUGGACAUAUUUCUUGGCGCGAUAAAAACUUUUCUACCUAUUCCGGCGAAAAGUCAUUAUACUUUCAAUUUACGCGAUUUUAGCCGAGUUAUCAAGGGUAUACUUUUAGUACCGGCUUCUAGAAUGAAGGAUCCAGAUAAAUUGAUUAGACUUUGGAUUCACGAGGUGUAUAGAGUUUUUCACGAUAGACUGGUGGAUGAGAGCGAUCGAGAAACAUUGUUCGACAUGGUUUCACAUACUUGUUACGAUCAGUUACGACAACCGGUGGAGAAGGUGCUUGUCAGAUUGUUGAAAGAAGAAGAGAGAGAAAUAAAAAGUUCUCAUAUACGUGAUCUCUACUUUGGUACUUAUAUCGAGCCUGACGCUGAUCCGAAGGUAUACGACGAAGUAAUUGAUUUCGAUGAUUUGCAAGAGAAAAUGGAUUACUAUCUAACCGAAUACAAUAUGCUUUCAAAGACACCAAUGUCUUUGGUUUUAUUCAGAUAUGCCGUUGAACAUAUAUCUCGUGUUUCGCGAAUAUUGCAGCAAGAAAAUGGCCAUGCUCUUCUAAUAGGAAUAGGUGGAUCGGGUAGAAGUUCUUGUACCAAGUUAGCAACUAGCAUGUGCGAAUAUAUGAUGUAUCAAAUUGAAAUUACCACGUCUUACGGUUCUUCGGAAUGGCGAGAAGACCUGAAAAACUUGUUGUUACGCGUAGGAUGCGACGGAAAGCCGACCGUUUUUCUCUUCGGCGAUCAUCAAAUAAAAAAUGAAUCGUUCGUCGAAGAUAUAAACAUGGUUUUAAAUACUGCCGACGUGCCGAAUUUGUACAACAGCGAGGAGAAAGCUGAAAUCUUGGAUAAAAUGAUGAACGUGAUGUACAGCACCGGCGGAAGGAAAGCUGAGACUUCCCCUAUGAUUCUUUACAACGUGUACCUGAAGAGGAUAAUAAAAAGUCUUCAUUGGGUUCUAGCGAUGUCUCCUAUAGGUGACAAAUUUCGAAACCGUUUAAGAAUGUUCCCUUCCUUGAUAAACUGCUGCACCAUCGAUUGGUACACCGUUUGGCCUGAGGAUGCUCUGGAAAGUGUAGCGAGGAUGUCGUUGCAAAAUGUGAACAUCUCGGCGGAUUUGCGAGAGAAGUGUGUUCGUAUUUCGAAGCAAUUCCAUACAAGUAUCGCUGUAGCCAGUGAAGAUUAUUAUAACACGCAAGGUAGAAAAUACUACAUAACUCCGACGAGUUUCUUGGAGCUUAUCAAGUCAUUCUGCAAGUUGUACAAGCAGAAAAUUGAAGAAAUUACUGCGCAACAGAUGCGUUACGAAAAGGGAUUAGAAAAGUUGGAUUUUGCAGCCGGGCAAAUUGCGGUGAUGAAAGAAGAGCUGCAAGCCCUGCAGCCAAAACUGUUGGCGCAAUCUGAAUUAAGUAACAAACUUAUGGUUAGGAUAGAACAAGACACGAUCAAUAUCGAAGCAAGGAAAGAGAUUGUGGGUGCCGAAGAGGCCCUAGCAAACGAGGCAGCUGCUGCUGCACAAGCUAUAAAAGAUGAUUGCGAAAGCGACUUAGCCGAAGCUACACCCGCGUUAGAAGCUGCCUUGGCUGCGUUGGACACUUUGAAACCCGCCGACAUCAGCAUCGUUCGAUCAAUGAAAAGUCCACCGGCCGGUGUGAAGCUGGUAAUGGAAGCUGUUUGCGUGUUGAAGGGUGUGAAACCUGAGAAAGUUCAGGAUCCAGCAACCGGCCAGGCUGUAGAAGAUUAUUGGCCAGCUUCUAUAAGGUUGCUCGGUGAUAUGAAAUUUCUGGAGAGUUUGAAGAAUUUCGACAAAGACAACAUACCGGCAGCAUAUAUGAAAAGAAUUCGCGAAAAAUUCAUCAACGAUAGAAGCUUCCAACCUGAAGCUAUCAAGAAGGUUUCCACUGCCUGCGAGGGUCUUUGUAAAUGGGUACGUGCUCUCGAAGUGUACGAUCGAGUGAUCAAAGUCGUCGCUCCGAAACAGGCGAUGCUCGCGGAAGCUGAGGCUGCCCUUGCAAAACAAAUGGAAGCGUUAAACGCUAAAAGAGCCCUUCUUCAAGAAGUUACUCAGAAGUUGCAAUCGUUGAACGACGAAUUUGCGGAAUGCAUGAGGGUGAAAAAGGAGCUCGAGGAUCAGAUUGAUUAUUGCAAGAAGAAAUUGGAAAGAGCUGAAAAGCUGCUGGGUGGUUUAAGCGGUGAAAAGAAUAGAUGGCAUGAAACAGCCACUACAUUGGGCGCGAGUCUCAAUAACGUUAUCGGAGACGUUUUAUUGUCUUCGGGUAUAGUUGCUUAUUUCGGUGCUUUCACCGUUGAGUACAGGAACAAGUUGAUCGCGGAAUGGCACGCGUCCUGUUUGAAACUGGCGAUUCCAUGUAGGAAAAUGUUCAAUCUGAUCGAUAUUUUAGGGAGGCAAGUGGAAAUUCGAGCAUGGAUCAUUCAUGGUUUACCGGCGGACAAUUUUUCAGUGGAAAACGGCAUAAUUGUGAAAAACGCGGAUCGAUGGCCGCUCAUGAUCGAUCCACAAAAUACAGCGAAUAAGUGGAUUAAAAAUAUGGAGAAAGAAAAUAAUUUAGUGGUGAUCAAGUUCACCGAUCCAAAUUACGUGAAAGUGGUGGAAACUUCUAUACAACUCGGAAGCCCUGUUUUACUUGAGAAUAUCUUAGAGGAGAUGGACGCGAUACUGGAGCCUGUGCUCCUUAAAAAUAUUUACAAAGAACGUGGUGUUUUAUACAUGAAAUUCGGGGACAACGUUAUCGAGUAUAAUACCGAUUUUCGAUUUUAUGUUACGACACGUCUGAGAAAUCCGCAUUAUCUACCGGAAAUAGUGGUGAAAGUGACACUUUUAAACUUCAUGAUUACCCCUCAAGGCCUUGAGGAUCAGUUGCUAGGUAUCGCUGUUGCUAAAGAGCUACCCGUUCUUGAGGAGCGUAAGAAUCAAUUAAUAGUGGAAGGCGCGAAUAAUAAAAGAAUGCUGCAGGAGCUGGAGGAUAAAAUUUUACAAGUUUUAUCUGCUUCGGAGGGCAACAUUCUGGAAGAUGAAACGGCUAUUACGAUAUUAUCCACUUCGAAAGUAUUGUCGGAAGAUAUCGAAGCUAAGCAGGAGAUAGCUGUUAAAACAGCAAUAGAAAUUGACAAUGCUCGUAACGGAUAUAAACCUGUCUCGGCGCAUGGUUCGAUGCUUUUCUUUUGUAUUUCCGACCUGGCGAACAUUGAUCCCAUGUAUCAAUAUUCCUUACCGUGGUUCAUUCAUCUUUACGAAAUGUCCAUAGCUAGCAGUGAACCGAGUGAAAAUUUAACGAACCGAAUAAACAACUUGAACACGUACUUCACAGCCAGUAUUUACAGGAACGUGUGCCGCUCUCUAUUCGAAAAAGACAAAUUGAUAUUCUCCUUUGUCUUGUGCAUCGGUUUAGAACGCGCUGCUGAAGAAGUGGACGAAAAUCUUUGGUCAUUUUUAUUAACAGGUGACGUGGCUCUGGAUAAUCCUUACCCUAAUCCAGACCCAUCGUGGCUAACUGAUAAAUCUUGGAACGCGGUGGUUCAAGCUACGAAUUUGUCUGUGCUUGAGAAAUUCAGAGGAUCCUUCGAGAAACAAACGUCACAGUGGAAAGCUUACUAUGACCUGACUAAUCCACAAGAGGAACCUUUUCCACAGCCAUUUGAAAAUGAGAGCGAAAGCCUAAGAAAAUUGGUGAUACUUAAAUGCGUCAGACCAGAUAAACUUGUUGCUGCUGUGCGAAUGUUCGUUAUAUAUAACAUGGGACAAUCGUUCGUAGAGCCUCCGCCAUUUGAUCUUCAAGCAUGUUACAAUGAUUCUAAUAACAUUACUCCACUUAUUUUUAUUCUCUCCCCUGGAUCUGAUCCAAUGGCAGGAUUAAUCAGAUUUUCAGACGAUUACGGAGUAUCGAAAGAGAAUCUCAUGACUAUAUCGUUAGGGCAAGGCCAAGGUCCGAUAGCAGCAAAUAUGAUAGAUAAAGGGAUAAAAAGCGGAGAAUGGGUGGUUCUUCAAAAUUGUCAUUUGGCAAUUUCUUGGAUGAAAGAGUUAGACAGAAUUUGCAGCGAAGUUAUCAUACCAGAGAAUACGCACCUGAAGUUUCGAUUAUGGCUAACCAGUUAUCCAUCUAAGGAUUUCCCAGUUUCUAUUCUGCAAAACGGAGUUAAAAUGACCAAUGAACCACCGAAAAGCUUGAAGAAUAAUUUACUGAGAAGUUACCUAACUGAUCCGAUAUCAGAUGUGAAAUUCUUUAAUAACUGUGUUAAAAUCAUGGAAUGGAGAAACCUCCUUUUCGCUUUGUGCUUUUUUCAUGCAGUUGUUCAAGAAAGGCGUAAUUUCGGGCCAUUGGGUUGGAAUAUUCCGUAUGAAUUCAACGAAUCAGAUCUACGCAUUAGCAUUUUACAGUUACAGCUUUUUCUAAACGAUUAUGAGGAAGUACCUUUUGAUGCACUUCUUUAUUUAACGGGUGAAUGUAAUUAUGGCGGCCGUGUAACCGAUGACAAGGAUAGACGUUUGUUGAAUUCAUUAUUGCAGCAAUUUUACAAUUACGAAGUUAUUACCAACCCGCAGUAUUGUUUUUCACCAAGUUGUGUAUACCGCCUACCAGAAAGUACAGAUUAUGAAGGAUGUAUAAAGUAUAUUCGCAACUUGCCAAUGAGCCAAUAUCCUGAAGUUUAUGGUUUACACGAGAAUGCAAAUAUAACAAAAGAUAAUCAGGAAUCAUCGCAGUUACUUAAGGGCACUCUAUUGACCCAGGUGCAAAUGACCGGUGCAGGAGCUGAAGGAGAUAUCAACGAAAUGGUUUUUAAUUUAUGCGUCGACAUUUUAUCCAAAGUACCGCCACCGUUUGAUACUUUAGAAGUUUCUAAGAAAUAUCCAGUACUCUAUAUGAAUAGCAUGAAUACCGUUCUUCGUCAGGAACUAAUUAGGUUUAAUAACCUAGUUAUUGUCAUUAAAAGAACUUUAGCAGAUGUACAAAAGGCCAUUAAAGGAUUGGUUUUAAUGUCUUCUGAAUUAGAAGAAGUUUUCUUCAGAAUGAGUAUUGGAAAUGUGCCUGUUACUUGGAGUAAAAAGUCGUAUCCUUCUUUGAAACCGCUAGGAAGUUACGUCAAUGACUUAUUAGACAGGCUGCAAUUUUUCCAAGACUGGAUAGACCAUGAUACGCCAACCGUCUUUUGGAUAUCGGGAUUCUAUUUCACGCAAUCGUUUCUUACUGGCGUUUUACAGAACUAUGCUCGCAAGCAUAAGAUUCCCAUUGAUAAAUUAGAUUUUGAAUUUGAAGUAACCUCGUUUGAAACGAACGCAGAUACUGUGCCAUCCUAUGGGGUUUACAUAAAGGGUCUCUUUUUAGAAGGAGCAAGAUGGAGCAGAGAGAUAAAAGAGAUCGAUGAAUCUAAACCUAAGAUAAUGUUUGAUCUUCUCCCUGUAAUGUGGCUUAAACCCGGUGUAAAAGCUGAGUUUGUUAUUGAAUUCGUCUAUCACUGUCCCGUUUACAAGACAAGUGAAAGACGUGGUGUUUUGGCUACCACCGGUCAUUCUUCUAAUUUUGUAAUGUAUAUUUUGCUUAAAACGCAUGUUGAUGAAAAUCACUGGAUCAGGAGGGGAGUGGCUGCCUUGUGUCAACUAGAUGAUUAAUGUGUAAAAGAAAUAUUAUUUGCUAUGUACGAUCUACUUUUUAUAUACAUUUGC